AUGCUACCAGCGUUUUAUCAGCAAAGCGGUCUUAUCGACCAAAUAUAUCCUCAUCAACAUGACCAAGCGUACGGACUGCAGCGUCUUGUGAGCUGGUUUGCGAUCGCGCUGUCGUCAGCGUCAUAUUUGGUAACGUUCUGCGCCGCGACCGUCCGGAUAUCUGCGCUGGGAAAUCAGAGAAGAGCCACGCCGCUGCUCCCGAAGGGAGAGUGCCUUCCCGCCCCCAGCCGGCCUCGCCGCCCCCCGUGGCAACGUCCCUCGCCACCCGCGCGACGUCCCGCCGUCCCCGCCGCCCCCGGCCGCCGCCCGCCGCCCAAGCCGCCCCCGCCGCCGGACCACAUCUGGCGCGGCAUCUCGCCCUCCCGCCUCCACCGCCGCCAUCGCCAGACCAAUCGCCACCAAUCGCCUGCGCGGUGCACACAGAUCGAGGCGGGACCGCCGCCCUACUUUGGGCUCCCCAUGGCCGCCUCCGCCACCGCUGCCGCUCAGGGAAGCAGGAAAGUUGGAGAGUUCGCUGCUUCUGCGGAUGGUGCCUCCGGAUUGGUUCCGUUGUCUUUAGGUGUAGAUAUCUUUCAUGUUGCAAUCGACUUCUUGGUGAAUGUCGCCUUUGCAGUCAUUAUCGUUGUCACUGUCUUCGUCGUAAUCGUUGUUGUUAUCGUCGUCGUCGUCGUCGUCGUCGUCGUCGUCGUCGUCGUCGUCGUCGUCGUCGUCGUCAAUAUUAAGUCUUAUAAUGCUGGUAUGAUUACAGCUUUGUCUAAUCGUAUUGUUAUUUUAGCUGCUAUGACUAAAAGAGCUCAAAUUUCUUUUUCUUCUUGGCUUCCGGCAGCUAUGGCUGUUCCUACACCUGUUUCUUCCAUGGUUCAUUCAUCAACCUUGGUUACGGCGGGAAUAUAUUUACUUAUUCGUUUUGGAAUGGUUAUUGAAAUGUAUUCGAUGAACGCGCAUCCAUUUUACUGUUUACUUCCUCCCAUGCCAGAGACAGUUCAACACCUCAAGUUGUCUAGCUGCCGCUCUCAAAGCGAGCGUUUUCCUUUGAACGCGCUCUGCUUGAGCGACAAUGGACCGUGGUGA